AUGCUUCUCAUUUUCCUUGUUUUUCCUGCCGUCGUUUUGGGUCUCAACUCAGACGGGCUCUCCCUCUUAGCCCUCAAAGCCGCCAUCGACACCGACCCAACUCGAGCCCUGGACUCGUGGUCUGAGUCCGACUCCUCCCCGUGUCACUGGCACGGCGUCGUUUGCACUCGGGACCGCGUCACAGAGCUGUUCCUCACCCAAAAGGGCUUCAACGGCUACCUCCCCUCCGAACUCGGCCGCCUCGACUGCCUCAAACGACUCAACCUCGCCCGUAACAACUUCUCCAAGCCCAUCCCGGCCCACCUCUUCAACGCCACCACCCUCAUUGCUCUCGACCUCUCGCACAACUCCCUCUCCGGCCCAGUCCCGGCCCAAAUCCGACUCCUCAGGAAUCUCCGGCACCUCGACUUGUCCUCCAAUCUCCUCAACGGCUCCCUCCCGGAGUCUCUCACCGAGCUCGAAAGCCUCGCCGGGACGUUGAACCUGUCGUAUAAUUACUUCUCCGGUGGAGUUCCGGCUUCGUAUGGCCGGCUUCCGGUUCUGGUUAGCUUGGACCUCCGGCAUAAUAAUCUCACCGGAAAGUUGCCUCAGGUGGGCUCGCUGGUGAACCAAGGCCCGACUGCUUUCUCCGGGAACCCGAGACUGUGUGGGUUCCCGUUGGAGGUUCCUUGCCCGGAAGCCGAGAACCCGACGAAAACCGGACCCGACGAGGCCCAGAAGCCGCUCGACCCGAACCCCGAUUUGCUCAAUGGGGCGGAAGGGAAGGCCAAGCAGAGAGGUGGGUCGGUGACGGUGCCGAUAAUCUCCGGCGUUUCGCUGGUGAUCGGAGCUGUCUCAGUCUCGGUGUGGCUGCUCCGGAAAAAGAGAACAACGGCCAAGGAGGGUAAAAUGGGGAAGGACAAAGUUGAGAAGGAGGCGGCGGAGGAUGAGGAGGGGCAGAAGGGUAAAUUCGUAGUGAUGGACGAGGGGUUUGGGUUGGAGCUGGAGGACUUGCUGAGGGCGUCGGCUUACGUGGUGGGGAAGAGCAGGAGUGGGAUCGUCUACAGGGUGGUGGCCGGGAACGUGGGGAAGGGAUUGAGUGUGAAGCCGUCGGUUGUGGCGGUUAGGCGGCUGAGCGAGGGUGAUGCCACGUGGCGGUUCAAGGAGUUUGAGAGUGAGGUGGAGGCUAUUGGGAAGGUGGUGCACCCCAAUAUCGUGAGGUUGAGAGCUUAUUACUAUGCGGAUGACGAGAAGCUCUUGAUUUCUGAUUUCAUUCGCAAUGGAAGCUUGUACACUGCUCUACAUGGGUGGGCAUCCAAUUCUACCACACCGUUACCAUGGGCAGCCAGGUUAAAAAUUGCUCAGGGGUCCGCUAGAGGUUUGACGUACAUACACGAAUACAGCCCGAGAAAGUUUGUUCACGGCAACAUUAAAUCAACAAAAAUCCUUCUCAAUGAGGAGCUCCAGCCUUACGUAUCUGGUUUCGGAUUGGCACGUCUUAACCUGGGGUCCUUGAAGUUUACUUCUUCAGCUUCCAGGAAACAGAGUUCAAGCCAAGCCAGUGCAACCUCUUGUUUUACUGUUUCAACUCACUCAACCAUUUACUUGGCACCUGAGGCUCGAAUUUCUGGCAGCAAGUUUACUCAGAAAUGUGAUGUGUACUCUUUUGGGAUUGUGCUCAUGGAGAUUUUAACUGGUAAGCUACCAGAUGAGGGGCCUGAAAACAGUGGGAAGGGACUAGAGAGUUUGGUGAGGAAAACGUUUAGAGAAGAACGACCCUUGUCCGAGAUUAUAGACCCUGCACUUCUGCAAGAGGUUUAUGCAAAGAAGCAAGUUGUUGAAGCCUUUCACAUUGCACUUAAGUGCACUGAACUCGAUCCAGAACUGCGUCCUAGGAUGAAAACAGUUUCAGACUGUCUUGAUCGCAUCAAAUUGCAGCUUUAA